UUGACAGAUCCUGGUUCAAGUGGGAGAUGUUAUUAUAAGUGUUAAAAAUCCAUUACCAGUCAAAAAACCACUGAAAUGCUGCAGCCAAAGUUUUGUGUCUUAACAACUAACUUUUUCAUAAGUGUCAUGUCUGUUCUCAGCUUGCAUAUUGAUACAAAACAUUCCAUUGUAUAUGAGGAUGUUAUGUCUAAUCGAUCAAGAGCAACAUACUUUGGAUACAGUGUUGUUAUACACACAGGAAAAGAGCACUGGAUCCAGAUUGGAGCUCCUAGAGGAAAUUCUUCACAUGACAGAAGUGUGAGGGAACCUGGCAUUGUUUACCAGUGUCAAGUUGGAGAAACAUGUGGUGAAGUUAAUCUCAGUGGCACAGCCAAUGAAAAGAAUCCUCAGAAAGAAAGCAGAGUUAAUGCAUGGAUAGGAGCUUCAAUGACUGCUAUCAAUGGAAAAAAAGAUGAGAGUGUGGUGGUCUGUGGCCACCGACGGAGGGACGUAAGUUAUCCAAAAAGCAAUAUAAUGACAGGUUCAUGCUAUAUUAUCCCUGUUGGCAAGAGAGAGACACAGGAGCAAUGUAAACUUGUUCCAUUAAAUGAUACAAGAUAUUACACCAAGACAGUUAAGUUUGGAAGCAGGACAAUCCGGAUUUCUAACACAGCUUUGGGUCAGGCAGGAAUUUCAGCUCACUAUCCAAAGAAGGAUGGUCAUCAUGAACUUUUACUUGGUGCCCCUGGGAUACUGAAUUGGCAAGGGGCUACAAUUUCUUAUAAUAUAUUACAAGAAAAGAGAUGUGGGGCAUACAGCAGCCACAUAAGGGGACCAGACUUAAACACUGAACCAGUUUACUUUGGUUAUGCUGUUUCUGCUGGGAACUUAUUUCCAGACAAAGGCCUUGUCUAUGCAGUAGGUGCACCACGGGCCUCUCAAGGAAGUGGAAUGGUGCUGCUUUAUGACUACAGUGCAAAAUAUCAUAUUGCACCAAUCAUUGAAAUAACAGGGACACAGCUUGGAGAGUACUUUGGUGCCAGCAUUGCAACUGCAGACAUAAAUAAAGAUGGUUAUGAUGAUAUGAUCAUUGGUGCACCAAGGUAUUCAACUACCUCCAUCCCAGAUCAAGGUCGCAUAUAUAUCUCUUUAGGAGGUGAAAUAAUAAACAAAGAAAUGGAACACAUUGAUGGUGGAAUAAGGAAUGCACAGUUUGGGACAACAGUAGCAGCAGUUGGUGACAUUAACAAUGAUGGUUUUGAAGAUAUAGCUGUGGGAGCUCCAUACAGUAAUGAGUAUAGAGGUACUGUGUAUAUCUAUAUUGGAGGAAAGAAUGGCCUCUCACUAGCACAGGUCAUAGAUGCUGCUCAAAUAAGUUCAUCACUCAGAGGUUUUGGUAUCAGUAUUCAUCACACAGUUGAGACGUGUGAACGUGAUAAAGCAUAUAUGGCCAUAGGUGCAUACCUGUCAGGACAUGUGGCUGUUCUGAGAAGUUACCCUGACAUUAGCCUACAUGUACAGCUGAAUUCUUCAAUAAAGACAAUUGAAAAAAGUAAUCACCAAUUUUUACUCACAGUUUGUUCUUGGUAUGAUGCGGCAUGUGGUCCUUCAGAAAUAAGUGUGACAAGGAACAUUUUCUUGGAUACUGAGUAUUAUCGAAUCCACAUACAAGAUGAAAAUGGGAAAAAGAAUGUACAUGAAGAAGAGAUAAUACUCCAAAAUGGUCAGAGAUCUUGCAACACAUUUGAUGUCUUCAUUCAUGAAGACAAAGGGAACACCGAAUAUAGCAUCGUAAUUGAGGCAUCACAGACCUUAAAUAAUUAUGAACAAGCACAAACUACUCUUCUAAUAAAAACUAAUGGGAUGAAGACAGGGAUUGAUACAUUUUGCAGAAAUUGUUCAAUAGUGAACUGGAAAACAUCAAAACUGUCUGAUACUCUCAAACUGCCAUUUUCUGACUGUGGAGAUGAUGAGAUUUGUAAUUCUGAGCUUCACUUACAGUGUACUUUCCUUGAUAUUGUAAAUGGAACUUUUGUAAUUGGUUCAAGCAGUGAACUGAAACUACUGUUUGGUUUUACUAAUAAAAAGGAACCAGCUUACCAGACCAUUCUGCAUGUGCAAAUUCCAGAACCUGUAAAACGUCUUAGGCUCCACAAAGAUUGUUAUGAGACUAUAAGUUUGAUGGAGACAGUUCUGCAUUGUAACCUAAAGUCUCCACUGGAUUAUAAUGAUGAGGAUGAACUUAUUGUUGAGGUUGAUAUGUCUCAUCUUGUUGAGAAGGAUUUGCUAUCUGUCACAUUCAAUGCAUGGCUGACCACAGCAAGUUUGAACAAUGGCUCAUCUGACAGAUGUUCACUUGACUUAAAGCUGAAAGCUACAGCUGACAUAUAUAUAAUUGGGAAAUCUGCCAAAGAGGUGGUGUCAUAUUCUAGUGGAACUGAUGCUGUCUUUGAGCAAACAUAUCAGGUAUACAAAGUUGGUGACAGCCCAGUGAGAAAAGCAGGGAUCACUGUUAAUGUACCAUAUUUACUGUGGAUGUCUGAUGGUGAAAAGAGGGAGUUCCUUAAGAUUAUACAGUUUGAGGUAACACAAGGAAGGUAUGUCAUCCAAUGUGAAUCAGACCCUCCAUUGCCAACCAGCGGCUACAAUGAUAUAAUACCAGAAAUUCAGGAAAUAAACAGUAUAGAAAUGGACCAAUCAAGACCAAAGAGAGAGGUGACAAAGACUAUAAAACUUCCUGAAGUGAACAGUGAUGACAGUGUCUCUUCAACAGAUAACAUACUGUACUUAAAUUGUACGCGUGAGGAUGUUGUUUGUCAAAACAUUACUUGUACAUCAGGUUUUACUGAUUCAAAAGCACUGCUCAGUAUAAAAUUCAUUGGAAAACUCAACACAUCAGCACUAGGAAACAUAAUGAAGAAAAAGAACAUUAUCCUGCUAUCUACCAAUGGAAGUGUAGAUGUGAAAGAACCAAAAAAUUUAAUUCGUUCUGAUACUGACAGAAUGGACACUGCAUUGGUAACAAUAUCCUUUGUCCUUGAGAUAUCAGAGAAAAAAGUUGAGGUAUGGGUGAUUGCUGUCUCUGCAAUCUGUGGUAUUUUUGUGUUGCUGUUGAUCAUCAUUGUGCUGAUGAAGGCAGGGUUUUUUAGAAGAGAGAAGAAGGAAGCACUUGAACAGUUAGUGGCAGCAACUAUUGCAGAAGACUUUUACUAUGAGAAGAAGACUGAUGCAAUCCCUUCACAACAGCUGACAGAAACAAAUGGCUCAGCAGAAGAAAUACUUGAAUCGAAUUGAAAUCAAUAAUUUAUGCAUGACACAUAUGGAGUAUCAAAUUAUCUGAUGAAUAAACAGAUCUUAGGCUACAACCACAUUCAUGUUUCUGCUGAAACAAUGGAAAGGGAAAAACAAGACAGGCAAGAAAAAAUGUUGAUUAUGAAAUUUGUAUAAUGGUUCAUCAUGACAAAGAAUGAAAACUUAUUCAAUGAUUUCUAUUAUCUGCAGAUGAAAGUGUCACAAUGAUUAUAAGAGUAGUUCAAAUGUGAUGUUGAAGAUCACGGUGGCUGUUAUUGAGCCUUUAGGGAAUAUUAUUUAUAUGUAAAAAUAAAUUAUUGUAAAUAUUUAUUGCAUUUAUAAAACAUCCUGAAAAACAA